GCUUAGCUUCCUCCAACCUCCAAGCUUUCCAACUCCUAGCUAGAGCCUAGAGCUACCUCUCUCUCUCUCACUGUCUGAAAUCUGAAUAUAUAUAUAGUGAUCAUGGUGAGCUCGCUGAGGCUGAGUGAGAUCUCCAGGAAGUGGCACGGCGGCGGGACGAGCAAGGUCAGCUCCCCGACGGCGGCCGCGGCGGCGUCGGCCGCGUGCCCCAGGGGCCACUUCGCGGCGUACACCCGCGACGGCAGCCGGUUCUUCAUCCCCAUCGCCUACCUCGCCAGCGACAUCUUCCGGGAGCUGCUCAACACGGCCGAGGAGGAGUUCGGCGCCCCCGGCGACCGCCCCAUCGUGCUCCCCUGCUCCGCCGACCGCCUCGACCAGAUCCUCGCCGCCUUCCGCGGCGCCGCCUCCGCCAAGAAGUGCUCCUCCUCCGGCGGACGCAGCGGCAGGACCAAGACUUGGUAGCACAACACACACGCACACAUAUAUAUAGCUCGCUCUCAACUCUCUCCGAUUGAUUCCAGACUAAAUCUAGGUAUUUGUGAUCGAUGACGACCUAAUUAUUCUGCGAGAUUAAUUAAUUCCUUCGAAACUUGUUGUUGUUUUCAUUCAGUUUUUUUUUUUUUGCCUAUGCACUCCUGCUUAAUGCGUGCCAGUAUGUGUGCACGUUACAUGCGUAAUGUGCAUGUUUUCAGGAGGGUAUAUGUGUAGUUGCCAACUUGCAAUCCAUGAUGUAACAUCUUUUCUGUAGCUAUAGGCUCUCUAUUCUUGCAUGUAGUACUUAAGUAGUACGUACUCCUGCUCUAAUAUGAGCUUAGUUUGUACUUUGUAAUAAUCAUGGUUCAUAUUAUUGCU